AUUUUCUUUCCUUUUCUUUGCUCGUACACAAUGUGGGCAGUUUGUAGUACCUGCCUGACGCCUGGCACGACGGCCAGAUCCACCCAGACAGACAAGUCGUCAUGGAUCAAGCUGGUCAUCCAUGCUUUUCUUCCCAGGGUCCAGUCCAUUACAUCGCUUGCCUUGUCUUCAUUACACACUUUGGCUGGUGGUUUUGUUGGUACUGCUGCUGCUGCUACAGACAAGACUCCCCUCCGACCGGGAAAGGCCAGACGGGCGGUGGGGCGCUGCUACCACUUUUUUGGGGAGAGAUGGGGGGCAAAACUAAAAAGGUGGGCACUGGACACUGGUGGACUCUGCUGGAAGGCCCGUGUAAUGCCCGUUACGGUAUCGCUGGGCCUGUCCCGGUUUAGCUCCGAUCAGCCACUAUGGAGGCCUAGACGAGUCGGAGGCGUCUGGGCCUCUGGAUGAGUCGGUUGGUCGGC